CGUCCAAUCAUCUUCGAGCUGUCAGUCGGAGUGCGAAGCUUGGAGUUUGGGUUGCUGCGCCAUUUUUGCACUGGUCGUCACCCAGCCAAAAAUCAUGACUAGCGAGACGGAAACUGCAACGGAUAAUACCCAGAACAACACCGAGAAGCCUGUGGAGACGCCAACUAGCCCACCGGCGGCGAGCCCAACCGCCGAAGCUACGGUAGCCGCCCCGACGGCGGCACCGGUAAACAACAGGCCCUCCGUGCACAAGACGGAUUACGAGAGAGAUGUGGUCUACUUGUAUCAGUUCACACGGUGUCCUACGCUGCCCGGAAUCUCUCCGUUUUGUCUGAAAGUGGAAACCUGGCUGCGAAUGACCCAGCUCAAGUAUGAGAAUGUGGAUCACAAACUCAAGUUCAAGUCCAAGAAGGGACAGCUUCCCUUUGUGGAGCUCAACGGGGAAGAAAUUGCAGACUCCGAUAUCAUCAUCAAGCAGCUGUCUAAGCAUUUUGAGAAGGACGUGGACGCUGGUCUCACCACUGAGCAGCGUAACGUGUCCCAUGCCUUCUGCUCCAUGCUAAACAACCACACUGGGUGGGUGUCCCGAUGCUGGCGCUAUCGUCACCCAGGACAGUUCCUCAAGGCUGCUCAGAUGGAUGUCAAGCGAAUGCUCAACUCAAAGCUGCCAAAGGGGGUCCUCCAGUUCUUCUUCAAGCUGGCGUUCAAGAGCAACGUGCAGCAGACGAUCGGACACGGCCUGGGCCGUCACACAACGGAGGAGAUCUUGGAGUUUGGCAAGGAGGACCUCAAGAACAUGUCUCAGUACCUCGGAGAGAAGCAGUUCUUCUUCGGCAGUGAACCGCACCUGCUGGACUGCGUGGCCUUCUCUCAUCUCUGCCAGUUUAUAUACGUGCCCUUUGAGGGCAUCGUCCAGUUCAUGGAACAGGAGUGCCCCAAUCUGCUCGCGUUCGUCAACCGCAUGAAGGAACGCUACUGGCCGGACUGGGACGAGAUCUGCCAGACGCUGGAGCUCAACACCCACCUGCCCAAGAAACAGGUUGAGGAAGACAAGAAGCAGCAGCAGGAGGAGGUGAAGAAGGAAGAGGUUGAGGAAAAUAAGAAGGAACCAGAGAGCAAGGAGGAUAAGGAGAAGCCCGUGGUGGAGGUUGAAGAGAAGGUAGAGGAGAAAGUAGUGGUCAGGGAGGUGGUCAAAGAAGUGGUGGUCAUCAAGGAAGAGAUAGUGAAGCAAGAGGUGGUCAAGGAGGAGACGGCGCAAGAGGCCGUCGAGGCCAAGGAGUGAAGUCCUAGACUGCUUGGGGGGGUUUUUG